AUGGCCGCCCCCCAGUACCUCGGACCCGCUACCACCCAAGAGCCCGCCACCCUCAUCUCCUACCUCAAGGACCAGGUCACCAACCCCCAACACAGGGAGGGCAACUUGAACAUCCUCAAGGCUACCACCAUUUUCGUCCUUGGUAUCGCCUUUGUUCGAUCCGACCUCAGUGCCGCCCUUGUUCCCGUCUUUUAA